AUGAACGGGUUAUUCAACUGGACGUUGACCUAUCGAACUGAUUCUGAUGUUUACGUGCCGUACGGUUUCUUCACCCAAAUUGAGUCUGAAGGUGAAAACGCUUCCAUCCAAGGGAAGGAUAAGUUAGUUGUGUGGACAGUCAGUAACUGCCGUGGCAAACGUUUCUCGUAUGUUGAGAAACUAAAACAAUUUUUAAAGGUGGAUAUUUUCGGUGGAUGCAGCGGUCAAAGUUGCCAUCAUCACGACGAAAAUUGCAUCAAACUUCUUAAGACGUACAAAUUCCAGCUUGCUUUUGAAAACACUGAAUGCCUUGAUUACGUGACAGAGAAGUAUUGGCUUUUUCCCUUAGACAAUGGUAUUGUUCCUAUUGUAAUGGGUGGUGCGGACUACGGGAAAACAGCUAUUCCAGGGUCUUAUAUUGAUGUGAGGGAUUUUUCAUCUGUCAAGGAACUUGCUGAUUACUUGCUAUACCUGGACAAGAAUAACACUGCCUACAAUGAGUACUUAAGCUGGAGAACAAAGUAUAAACGGAAUGACUGUUUGCAGAUGGGUGAUAUGACUUGCCUGGGCCACUGGACCUGUGACCUGUGUGCGCUGGCAAACAAUGCAUCUACACCAAACAAAGUUUACGAGAACCUGGAAGACUUUUGGUCGGUGAAGCAGUGUAACCGGUUCUCUGAACAAUUUGAUAAAAUCAUUGGCUAA